UGAUAUAUGGUGAGUUAGCAUUUUGGCUUUAGUUUAUCUCGCUUCACUUGUGACUGCCACAUGAUUUAUUUAAGAGUUGCAUUUGCAUCAGCACAAUUACAGCCCACUAUAGUUCAAAUUUUUUUAAAAAAAUAAAUAGAAAAAGUGCACACUUGAGAUGGCAUGUGUGAUGCCAUCAGCAAAAAUCUGACAAGAGUCAAACCAAUUCAAAAACAUUCAUUACUCAAGAUAGUUCAUUUUAAGUUAUUGCCUAGAAAAUGAAAGAAAAUAAUGUGAACUAGUAGCCAUGAUUAAGGAAAAAAAAAUCUGAGACUUUUUCCACACUUAUUUACUUGUCCAGAUGUUAACUGUCACAUACUGUAUAUUAUAAGGGAGCAUUUACAGCAUAGUGUACAGCAUUACCAACAACAGGCCUAUUAUUAACUGGAAUUAUAUGGUAGCAUAACUAACAUGGCUUGACAUAAAUAUAUUAAAUAUUUAGUGUGCCUACUGUUUCACUCAUUUAAAGACAUUAUCUAUCAGCAAAAAAAGUUUCUCCUCUCAUUUCUUAUACAGAUGUUAUAUUUCAUCUGUAAGCACGUAGAAACUGAGAGCACACCUAUUAAAGACCGAUAAAGACUGAGGCUCCGCCCCCUGACUGCAGGUGCAGCCUCCUAUAGCGGCAUUAAAUCAGCGCCGCUCACACCGCCGCUCAUUACCGCCGCUUUCUGCGCUCCUGAAUAUGGGUGCGCAUUGCUUUAUUCUCUAAACACAGGGUUAGUGAUCAGCAGCAAGCAAGAUGAGUUGGGCAGCACUAUAUAGCCAGCUAGGAGGUGUGAACAAACACUCCACUAGUCUGGGAAAGAUCUGGCUCUCAGUUCUUUUCAUUUUCCGCAUCACUAUCCUGGUGCUGGCCGCCGAGAGCGUCUGGGGAGACGAGCAAUCAGACUUUACUUGCAACACACAGCAGCCAGGUUGCAAAAAUGUCUGCUACGACCACUUCUUCCCAGUCUCUCACAUCCGUCUCUGGUGCCUGCAGCUGAUCUUCGUUUCCACCCCGGCUCUACUGGUGGCCAUGCACGUGGCAUAUCGGAAGCGUGGCGUCAAGAAAGAACUCAUUGCAUGCAAGGGUGACAAAGCGAAGGAGGAAGACUUGGAGAGUCUGAAGAAUAGACGCUUGCCCAUUACAGGCCCACUGUGGUGGACCUACACUUCUAGCCUGUUCUUCAGGCUCCUUUUCGAAGCUGGCUUCAUGUACGCCCUCUACUUUGUCUAUGAUGGCUUCCAGAUGCCACGUCUCGUCAAGUGUGAACAGUGGCCUUGUCCGAAUAAAGUCGACUGUUUCAUCUCACGUCCAACAGAGAAGACAGUUUUCACCAUUUUUAUGGUUGGAUCUUCAGCUUUGUGCAUUGUUCUCAAUGUCGCCGAGCUGGUCUAUUUGAUCGUUAAAGCAUUGAUGAGAUGCUUAGCUAGAACCAAGAGGAGGCACUCGUAUAGCCACUCAUCAGAAAUGUCUAAAGAUGGGGCUCUGUUGCAAAACAAAAAGAAUGAGAUGUUGCUUUCAUCAGUCUCUGAUUCCAGUAAUAGCAAGUCUAUAUAAAAGGUCCAGUGUUUGUUUUAUUUUUGUAGAGUUGAACGUGAAUUAUUUUCCCCUUGAAUGAACAUUACAAACAUUAAAAAAAGAAAAGAAAAAGAGCAUUAAUGCUAUUUUACUACUUCAGUAGUGUUCUGUUCCCUUCUGCUGAAAUAAAAGCACAAGGCACUAGGUCAUGAACAUUCACUGUUUAAAGUGUGGCCUUCUUGUCCACAUUCCACACCUGUGUUCUCAUUUGGGGAGAAAUCAAUGACACCUAGUGGUUAACCAAAUGCAAAUAAAGUUAGGUUGCCUCUGUUGUUGAACUUCCUUUUAUUUUGUUUCAUAUCUACAUUUUAAGGUAUUCUUACCAGUUCAGUCUUUUUGGCAGGCAGCUGAACCUUUGUAGGAUGAUAGGCAGUGAUUUCAUGCCUUAUUUGCAAAGGGUCCGUUAUGAGAGCUUAGUCUCUUUUUUGCUUGCAUUUUAACUUUGAAUACAGUGUUGUUGUUGUUGUUGUUGUUUUAAUUAAUUGUCAUGCUUGGUUGAUAAACAUGAACUUGAGUAGAUGUCUCAUAUUGGCACCAAAUUAUAGCCUGCAUGACUUUAUGUUAUGGUUUAAUCUGCAAUGGUGCAGGUAAUGAUUGUGAGUUUUAUUUCUGUAUACACAUUUAUAUAUAAUAAUAAUAAUAAUAAUAAUAAUAAUAAUAAUAAUAAAUGAUUGUGAGUAAA